AUGUUGGCUGCUAAGAACGUUAUGCGCAAAUUUGCUUUGCCUUCUACUUCCACUACUAGAAUUGCUACUCGUUUUCAAUCUACCAAAGUUCAAGGUUCUGUUAUUGGUAUCGAUUUAGGUACUACUAACUCUGCCGUUGCUUUAAUGGAAGGUAAAGUUCCAAAAAUUAUUGAAAAUGCCGAAGGUUCAAGAACUACACCAUCUGUUGUUGCUUUUACUAAAGAAGGUGAACGUUUAGUUGGUAUUCCAGCUAAACGUCAAGCUGUUGUUAACCCAGAAAAUACUUUAUUCGCUACCAAACGUUUAAUUGGUCGUCGUUUUGAAGAUAUUGAAGUCCAAAGAGAUAUUAAACAAGUUCCAUAUAAGAUUGUUAAGCACACUAAUGGUGAUGCUUGGGUUGAAGCUAGAGGCCAAACUUAUUCUCCUGCCCAAAUUGGUGGGUUUGUCUUAAAUAAGAUGAAAGAAACUGCCGAAGCUUAUCUAGGUAAGACUGUUAAGAAUGCUGUUGUUACCGUUCCAGCAUAUUUCAAUGAUUCUCAAAGACAAGCUACUAAGGAUGCAGGUCAAAUUGUUGGUCUAAAUGUUCUAAGAGUCGUUAACGAACCUACUGCUGCUGCUUUAGCUUAUGGUCUUGAAAAAUCUGAUUCUAAAGUCGUUGCUGUCUUCGAUUUAGGUGGUGGUACUUUUGAUAUUUCCAUCUUAGAUAUCGAUAAUGGUGUCUUUGAAGUUAAAUCUACUAAUGGUGAUACUCAUUUAGGUGGUGAAGAUUUCGAUAUCUAUUUAUUAAGAGAAAUUGUUUCUCGUUUCAAGACUGAAAGUGGUAUUGAUUUAGAAAAUGAUCGUAUGGCUAUUCAAAGAAUUAGAGAAGCCGCUGAAAAGGCUAAGAUCGAACUUUCUUCUACUGUCUCUACUGAAAUUAACUUACCUUUCAUUACUGCCGAUGCUUCCGGUCCAAAACAUAUUAACAUGAAAUUCUCUAGAGCUCAAUUCGAAACUUUAACCGAACCUUUAAUCAAGAGAACCGUUGACCCAGUUAAGAAGGCUCUAAAGGAUGCUAACAUGUCUACUUCUGAUAUUUCCGAUGUUCUUCUAGUUGGUGGUAUGUCUAGAAUGCCAAAGGUCGUUGAAACCGUUAAACAAUUAUUCGGUAAAGAUCCAUCCAAGGCCGUUAAUCCAGAUGAAGCUGUCGCUAUUGGUGCUGCUAUUCAAGGUGCUGUCUUAUCCGGUGAAGUUACUGAUGUCUUAUUAUUAGACGUUACUCCAUUAUCUUUAGGUAUUGAAACUCUAGGUGGUGUCUUCACUAGAUUGAUUCCAAGAAAUACUACUAUCCCAACUAAGAAAUCUCAAAUUUUCUCUACUGCCGCUGCUGGUCAAACUUCUGUCGAAAUCAGAGUCUUCCAAGGUGAAAGAGAAUUAGUUAGAGAUAACAAGUUAAUUGGUAACUUUAACUUAGCUGGUAUUCCACCUGCUCCAAAGGGUGUUCCACAAAUCGAAGUCAGUUUCGACAUUGAUGCCGAUGGUAUUAUCAAUGUCUCUGCUAGAGACAAAGCUUCCAACAAGGACGCUUCCAUUACCGUCGCUGGCUCUUCUGGUCUAUCUGACUCUGAAAUCGAAAAGAUGGUUAACGAUGCUGAAAAGUUCAAGUCUCAAGAUGAAGCUAGAAAGCAAUCUAUUGAAACUGCCAACAAGGCCGAUCAAUUGGCUAACGAUACCGAAAACUCUCUAAAGGAAUUCGAAGGUAAAUUAGACAAGGCUGAAGCUCAAAAGGUAAAGGACCAAGUUGCUUCUCUAAAGGAACUUGUCGCUAGAGUCCAAGCUGGUGAAGAAGUCUCUGCUGAAGAUCUAAAGACAAAGACUGAUGAUCUACAAAAUGCUUCCAUGAAAUUAUUUGAACAAAUGUACAAGAAUAACCAAGGUGGUGAAUCUAACGCCAACCCAGGUGAAGGUGAAAAGAAAUAA